UGUCUUCACCGCUAGCAUCUCUUUCUGGUUCUUAGAAUUCUUGAAGUUAAUAUUUGCAUUCUCUUUUUCUUGACGAACUCAUCAAUUUGUCUCAAAGUGUUUAUCUAGCCCUAUUUGUUAUUCUUUCAACUCAUCAAACUAUGGUCUGGAGAUGUUUUUGCUGCAUAUCCCAAGAGGAUCCGAAGAUAAGAAGUGUAAGCAAGACUAGUAAUAGUAGGGAUUACCCAUGGGAGAUAUAUUCCUUAAAAGAGAUUGUUCAUGCAACCAACAACUUCCAUAACGACAACAAGAUCGGAGAGGGCGGAUUUGGUACCGUGUACUGGGGACGAACAGGUGAAGGUGUCGAGAUAGCAGUGAAACGACUCAAAGCCAUGAGUGCAAAGGCAGAGAUGGAAUUCGCUGUGGAAGUGGAGGUUCUUGGGAGGGUGAGACACAAGAAUUUAUUGGGUUUGAGGGGAUUCUAUGCUGGUGGAGAUGAGAGACUAAUUGUCUAUGAUUAUAUGCCUAAUCAUAGCUUGAUCACCCACCUCCAUGGAAAACUAGCUGCCGAUUGUCUACUAGAUUGGUCUCGGAGAAUGAAAAUUGUCAUCGGAUCGGCCGAAGGAUUAGCGUAUUUGCACCAUGAGGCCAAUCCACACAUAAUACACAGAGACAUAAAGGCAAGCAAUGUACUCUUAGACACAGAUUUCCAAGCAAAGGUGGCUGAUUUUGGCUUUGCAAAGCUGAUACCGGACGGAGUUAGCCACUUGACCACUAGAGUGAAGGGAACAUUAGGGUAUUUAGCUCCUGAAUAUGCUAUGUGGGGGAAGGUUUCUGAGAGUUGUGAUGUUUAUAGCUUUGGAGUAUUACUUCUUGAAAUAAUUAGUGCAAGAAAGCCCCUAGAGAAGCUCCCUGGUGGAGUAAAACGUGAUAUCGUUCAAUGGGCCACCCCAUAUGUCCAAAAGGGCUCAUUUGACCUAAUUGUUGAUCCAAGAUUAAAGGGCAAGUAUGACCCUAAUCAGGUAAAGUUAUCGAUCUUGCUUGCCUUGAAAUGCACCGACGGCAAUCCAGAGAACCGGCCGAGCAUGAUCGAGGUGGUGGACUGGCUUAAAGGCGGCAUAGGGAGGAGGGAAAACGAGGUGACAGACAUUCAAGUGGAAGAUAUGGUUGAAGAAGAAGACGAUGGCGAUUAUAACAAUGAUACUGAUUAUGAGGGGUAUGGGAUGGAAAAAUAUGAUGGGAAAGGGACAUGGAAAGCAUGAAAAAUUAGAUAGGCUGAUAAGUAUCAAUGCUUCUAUAUAUAUAUAUAUUUGUAAAGGGGAAUUUACUUCAUUUGCUUAAUUUUGAUAUUUCUCCAACUUUUUCUUCUUGGGUAGGACGAUAUAUAUUUUUCGUAGAACUAGUUGAACAAAACAAUGUGACUUUGUCUUGUAUAUCUGGAAUUGUUAUUUUUAUUUUUAAUGGCCUUUUCAUUUAUAAUAAGACACUA